AUGCGGUGGAGCCCGUGUCAGCUUUUUCCUCUGGUUCUCUCCAUAUGCUCGCUGUCUUUAAUUUUACAUAAGGCCACGGCUACAGCACGCCUGGAGCUGGAGGCAUGGCCUCCCCAGAGAAGAAGCAGCAGAGAUGUUAAUUCUCCAGCUCCUGUUGACUGUCAGCUGAGCCAGUGGUCAGAGUGGACUGAUUGCUUUCCUUGCCAAGAGAAAAAACACCGGUACCGCAGGCUGGUGCAGCCGGCACAGUUCCUGGGGCAGCGAUGUGCAGGGCACCUCUGGGACGAGCAAGCUUGCCAUGCUGGGGUGACCUGUGCUGGAGCCACUGGCUGCGGGAAGGACUUUCAGUGUGAAGAAACGGGUCGCUGUAUUAAACGACAUCUUGUGUGCAAUGGCGAGCCAGACUGCAGAGAUGGGUCUGAUGAGGAUAACUGUGAGGACAAAGAUAUUGAAAGCCCUUGUGAACAUCUGUUCCCAAUCCCGGGGUCUGAAAAAGCAGCCCAAGGAUACAAUAUCCUAACACAGGAAGAGAGCCAGUAUGUGUACGAUCCUAAUUUUUCUGGAGGCAGCUGUGAAUACGUCUACAACGGCGAGUGGCGGGAGCUGAAGUACGACGCUGCAUGUGAGCACCUGUACUACGGAGAUGACGAGAAGUAUUUCCGCAAACCUUACAACUUUCACAUAUACCAGUUCCUAGCUCAUGCUGAUUCUGGGUUCACUUUUGAGUUUUAUGAUGAUUCAAAGGAUCUGCUUGAUGCCCUUAAAAGUGAUAAAUCCAAAACACAAAGCUUUACCAUUGGAAUUGGGCCUAAAGAACCAGCUUUCCAGUUAAACUUGGGCUUCACUUUAUCACGUGGCAAAGGAUCCCUGAAGAACUUCACGCAAUACACUGCAAAGGACGUUGGAUUCAUUAGAGGUGCGACGAAGGUGCAGACGGCCCGUUUCAAGAUGAGAAGGGACAACAUUGUUUUGGAUGAAGAUGUGCUGCUCUCCCUGCGGGAGCUUCCAGACACCUACAACUAUGGCAUGUAUGCCAAAUUCAUCAAUGAUUACGGCACCCACUUCAUGACAUCUGGCACCAUGGGAGGCGUUUUUGAGUACAUCCUUGUCAUUAACAAGGAGGAAAUGAGAAGAAAAGACAUCAGCGCUGAGGAGAUAAGUGCCUGUGUUGGCCAGUCACUCGGCCUUACAGUCAGCGAGAGUAAACUGCAUUUGAAAGCAUCGGUGUCAUCCUCCAACUGUGAAAAGAGAGGAUUUCUGAGAACUGAUGCUGAGAGCAACAGUGCAGUUGUAGAAGAUAUUAUUCCCCGGAUUAGAGGUGGAGAUGCCAGUUACAGCGGAGGGCUCUUAAACAGUUGGGAUGGCAAUAUGUAUCGUCGCUGGGGAAGGUCAUUAAAAUAUAAUCCUGCUGUUAUUGAUUUUGAGCUGCAGCCCAUCCACGAAAUCCUCCACAGAACCAACCUGGGCAACAUGGAAAUGAAACGGCAAAACCUGAAACGGGCUUUGGACGAUUACCUGUUGGAGUUCAAUGCCUGCCGCUGUGGACCGUGCCAGAACAACGGUGAACCCAUUUUGGUGGGAGACACGUGUUUCUGCCAGUGUCGGACGGGCUAUGGAGGCCCUGCCUGCGAACAGACUGAGCGCCGAGGUAAGACCUUGGUGUGCACUCACAGCAAGGGAGGGUGA